AUGAAAAAUAGAAGUCCAGCAACUAAAGGGAAAAAGGGUCUAUCAAUUACAAUAUCUCCAUCUUCUCAAGGAAGCUCUUCUAAUGUUUCUUUGAAAGAGCCUCAGCAAAAUAAAAAUACUAUUCAGAAAAAGACUAUAAAUCAUCAGCGAAGCAAAACUCCAGUCAUCAUAAUGCCAAAAGACGAGCUUUCCCCAGCAAAAACGACUGACUCAGUUCCAAGCCCUACAAAGAAUGAAUUCCUUUUUGAAAGAGCUUUGAGCGAGCUUUUAUCAGAGAUAGAGAAUCUUCUAGUGCAGCAUAAAGAAUGGAGACUUUCUAAAAUCAGCAAAAUCGAAUUAUUUAAACAAGAAUAUGAAAUUUCAGAUGCUGAAUUGAGCAGUUGUACACUUGGGAAUAAAAUAAUUGACAUAAGAAAAAAGUUUGAUGAAUUAAAAGAGGUCAUAAAAAUAAUGCAAGGGGAUAUUGAAAGUCUAAGCAAUAUAUCAGCAUGAGAGCAAGUUCAGAAGAAAAAAGCAAAAGAAAUAAAAGUAGAUAAUGAGCUUCUUGGAAUAAUAAGAGAAGCAAAGUCAAAUCUCCAAUUGCUUAAGCAAGCUUCAAUGGAGAGUGAAGUGAGCAUUCCAAACGAUAAUCUCAUGAUCAAGAAUUUGCAGCUUCAGCUUCAACAAAGUAAAAGGGAUAGGAGAAACUUGGAAAUUCAAUUAAAAUGCCCAGAAAAAUUGAAUGAAGAAAUGAUUUCUCAAACAGUUGAUCAAAUGCUACAAGAUGGGCCAUCUUAA